GCGAGUGGGGCGGUGUCUUCCCGGCGGCCCGGGCGUGGGCGCCGCGGUUGCUCGGCGGACCGUGUCCGCCGUGACCCCACUCUGGGCCGCCGGGGCAGAGCCACGGAGAGCGGGGCCAGGGCGCGUGGGGACCGGGACCCAGGAUGUGGCCGCCCGUACCCGAGGGCGCCGCCCGCGACCUCUGACCGCGCCUGCCUGACUCGCGUCCUCCGAGCGGCUGCCCCAGCAAAGCCCGGCCCGCCGACCAUGCCGUCCAAGGCCGUGUGUCUGCGUCACACCGCGGCUCCCGGGCAGCCGGAGGCCGGCAUGAUGCGCAAGGCACAGCUUCCCACCCCAGCCCAGGACCUGCCCCCGACUCCGGGGUCCCCGCCUGCCGCCUGCUGUGCGGCCCCCGAGGACGGCCCCACGCUCCCUCGCGACGAUCGCGCGAAAGUCGAUGGCGAAACCCCGCCGGCCACGGCAAAGCCUGUCACCCCACACCCCGCGAUGCGUCCCAGGAUGGAGCGAGCCCUGUCCCUCGAUGACAGGGGCUGGAGAAGGAGGCCGUUCCGAAGCAGCCAGGAGGACCUGGCCGCCCGGGUCGAGGCCAGCCCCGGUGGGGGCUCCAUGCAGAACCCAGCUCCCAGGACCCCGGCCCGCAGUCUCCCGCUGCCCUGCCUGAGCACGUCCCUGCAGGAGAUCUCGAAGCCCCGGCGGGCCGUCAGCAGCGCGGGAGGCAGCCUGACCUCCUGGGGCGGGCGUCUCUCGGGCAGGGUCAGCACCUCCCUGGAUCUCCUGCACAGGGAGGCCACCCUGGCCGGGGGCUCCCCCAAGCUGGCCACCUUGCGCGCCCCACACCCGCCACCCUCUUCAGAGCCCACCAUGACCAUGGCCUCCGAAGCCCUGAGGACCGCAAGCCAGGUGGACUCGGAGCAGGCCGACCGUGAGCAGGGCACACCGACCAGGCUGUUCCGCGCCCACAGCAGCCUGGGCCCCAGCCAGCCCCAGAGCCCCCUGGCUUGUGACGACCACUCUCUGCACUCGGCCAAGUCCUUCAGCCUGCUGGCCCCCAUCCGCACCAAGGAUGUCCGCAGCAGGAGCUACCUGGAGGGCAGCCUGCUGGCCAGCGGGGCCCUGCUGGGGGCGGAUGAGCUGGCCCAGUACUUCCCUGACCGCAGCGUGGCCCUCUUCGUGGUCACCUGGAACAUGCAGGGCCAGAAGGAGCUGCCGCCCAGCCUGGAUGAGCUGUUGUUGCCCGCAGCGGCCGACUACACCCAGGACCUGUACGUCGUCGGUGUGCAGGAGGGCUGCUCUGACAGGCGGGAGUGGGAGGUGCGGCUGCAGGAGACCCUGGGCCCGCGCUACGUGCUGCUGUCCUCCACAGCCCACGGUGUGCUGUACCUGUGCCUGUUCAUCCGCAGGGACCUCAUCUGGUUCUGCUCAGAGGUGGAGUGCGCCACGGUGACCACACGCAUCGUGUCCCAGAUCAAGACCAAGGGCGCCCUGGGCGCCAGCUUCACCUUCUUCGGCACCUCCUUCCUGUUCAUCACCUCCCACUUCACCUCUGGAGACGGGAAGGUGGCAGAGCGGCUGCUGGACUACAGCAGGACCGUCCAAGCCCUGGCCCUGCCCAGGAACGUGCCAGACACCAACCCCUACCGCUCCAGUGCAGCGGACGUCACUACCCGCUUCGAUGCGGUGUUCUGGUUUGGAGACUUCAACUUCCGCCUGGGCGGCGGGCGUGCGGCGGUGGAGGGCGCGCUGAGGCAGGAGCGGGAGGCGGCCGUGCGGGUGCUGCUGCAGCAGGACCAGCUCACAAGGGAGAUGAAGAGGGGGUCCGUCUUCAGGGGCUUCCAGGAGCCGGACAUCGUCUUCCUGCCUUCCUACAAGUUUGACCUUGGGAAGGACACUUACGACAGCACCUCCAAGCAGAGGACGCCCUCAUACACGGACCGGGUCUUGUACAGAAGCCGCCACAAAGGGGACAUCUGUCCAGUGAUAUACUCUUCCUGCCCCGGGAUCAAGACGUCUGACCACCGCCCCGUGUACGGUCUGUUCCGGGUGCGAGUGCGGCCCGGGCGAGACAACAUUCCGCUGGCUGCCGGCAAGUUUGACCGAGAGCUGUACCUGCUAGGAAUUAAAAGGCGGAUUUCAAAAGCAAUCCAGAGGCAGCAAGCAUUGAAGAACCAGAGCUCCAGCACUGUCUGCACCGUGUCUUGAAGUCACUGAAGAGGACCCGUUAUCACCCGCAACUCAGGACACCCGACCAAAAGUCACUGGAAGAGAUGGGGCCUGCUCUGUGGCAUCCCCCGUCGGGGUCCGAUGAAUGGCUUCGAGACCACCCUGGUUCUCACCGGGAAACCCCAGGACAGCGGCGGGGCCUGGCACCCCACACCCACUGGUGUCCUGACCCCUCCUCCACGGGAUGGGGCUUCUCUCAGGGCCUCUGCGUCCCGCAGUGUCAUGGCUGCAGCCCCACGCAGGGCAGACGCCUGAGCCGCUUUGCCCUGGAGGGUAGGGGGUCCCUGCUUUCUGCCAGUGAGGGCUGCAGGCUCCCCCUCAACUUCCUGUGCACACAUCCCAAGCCCUGGGCCUGAGUGUCCCCAUCCCCGCUGUCCCUCCUGAGCCCGCACCCCACCAGCAUCUGUGGAAGUCAAGGCAUAGCCGGUGCCCUCCAGCCCCUGGGACCCUGGGCACCCCAGAAGCUGCUGAGGCUGAGGCAGCAUCACAACCAAAGCCAGACCCUUCUCAGCUGGGAUGGUCACCCUGUGGCAGCCCCCGUGGCCGUCCCAGGACAGGACCGCCCCCCUUCACCAUAGGCCAAGACUCAUUCCGCGAUCUCACACCAGGUGCUGCCACUGCCCAGCUGGGACACAGGCCAGCAGCCUGCCUCACUCGGGCCCUUGCCUUCGAGGGCUUGGACCCCACCCAUCUCUGGAGAAGAACGUAGACUUGAAUAUAGAGAAGCCUAGGGACAUCCAUCCAGCCUGUUAAAUUAUUUAUUUUUCCAUAUUUGUAUUUUUAAAUAAAUGCAUAUAUUGAAUCUUAAAUUCUUUCCAGCCCAA